UAACGCGCCCCGCGCGGACCCCGGCAGCCUGGGUACAGCCGGUGCCCAUCACCCGCUCCCUCCGAUUGCUUCCGUAGCGCAGCCUCCGCGCCGCCGCCGAAGCCUUGCGACCUCCCGCCACCAGCCCUUGGACAUGGCGAUCCCCGUGCGCCCGCGCCUCCUGGCGGCUCUCGCGCCCACUUUUCUCGGCUGCCUCCUUGUCCAGGUGGUCCCGGCUGCAGGUACUCCACAGAAGCCGUUUAAUUUAACUUGGGAAUCAACCAAUUUCAAGACAAUUUUGGAGUGGAAACCCAAACCCACCGAUUAUGUCUACAAUGUCGAGAUAAGCUCUGGAACUAGAGACUGGAAAAUCAAAUGCUUCUUAACCUCAGACACUGAGUGUGACCUCACAGAUGAGAUCAUGCAAGACGUGCACCGGACUUAUCAAGCAAGGGUCCUAUCUGUCCCACGGAAUAACACUUAUUUGGGGGAACCGCCAUUUACAAAUGCCCCAGAUUUUUUACCUUACCAAGACACAAAACUCGGACAGCCAGUAAUUCAGCACUUUAAACAAGUUGGUACAGAACUGAAUGUGACAGUAGAAGACACACGAACGGUGGUCAGAAGGAAUGGCACGUUCCUCACCCUUCGGGAUGUCUUUGGCAAGGACUUGAGUUAUUCACUAUUUUUUCGGAGAGAGUCGAGCACAGGAAAGAAAACAGCCAGUACAGACACUAAUGAUUUCUCCAUUAAAGUGGAUCAAGCAAGAAGCUACUGCUUCACUGUACAAGCUGUAAUUCGCUCCAGGAAAGAUAACAAGAGGAGCCCAGAAAGCAACAUGGAGUGCUCAGAUGAAUGGGAGAGUAUAAUGGGAGAAACACUCAUCAUCGUGGGAGCAGUGGUGUUCGUGGUCAUCAUCUUUAUCAUCCUCCUGUCCAUAUAUCUGUGCAAGCGCAGAAAGGGCAGAGCAGGGCAGAAAAGGAAGGAGAGUCCUCCACUUCGCUCAGCAUAGAGGAGAGGAAGGAGGCUGAAGCCACUCAAUACUUCACUACCCGCAUGACCACUGUUACCAAGACCUCUAAUGGGAGCAGAGGAUGUGGAGCAUAGAGCUUGACCAUCCUGGUACAGGAAGGUUACCUUUGUGACCUGAUAUCCCAGCCAACGCUCUGAUUCCAACACUAGCAUUUGUCACUUUAGAAUGUACUGAACGGUACAGACCAGUUAACACUACAGCAUCUUUUGCACAAAUGCUUUAGAUUGUGUAUUCUACACUCAGGAAGACACUAGGUCAUCAGGAGACAGAUGCCUUCCAUAUACCCAGGGUGGACUUUUGGGAGAGCCUUUGAGAAGCAGAAAUUGGGUUGACUUUUCUGACAGCUGUCCUUUUGUAAAGUGGUAUUUGGUUUCUUGUUUUACCCCCCCCCCCUUCCUAGGUACUCUUGAAAGUUCAAAGCAAUUGGCAAACUUUCAUAUUAAUGUGUUAAAUGCAGGAUAUUUCUGCGUGGGGCAUCUUUCUGAUAUGUAUUACAACUUAGCACUUUAACUACAAUGGUGGAGAUUAAGUAUUUGAUAAUUAAGUCUAUUUUUAUAAGACUACUAUACAAAAAAAACUACAUCGAGUUUUAUGAUUUAAGGUACUUAAAAGUGUCUAUAUUUAUAUAAAUUUUAAAUGUUUUGUAUAUGGGAUUUUCUAUGUAUACAGCUUCUAUUUGUAUAUCUUGAGGUAAUUUAUUUAAUAUACUUUUCUAUAAAUAAAGGUGAUUGGGAAUUGA